AGUUUCGUUUAGUUUCAAAUAUCGGUAGGCGGACAGGCCUUGGCUCGAAAUUUUGGGUGCAACCAAGAGCAGAGGGCAGGGCGGCAGUUUGAGUUGAAACUCACUGUGUUCCAAUCUCAAAACCUAUACUCUCGAUACCAUUUAGUGUAGAUUGGACGGAGUUUGUGAGAAUCACAAUGAAAGAAGGCGAGAAGGACACUGAGUUCGUCACUCCAGGUGAAGUUCUCGGUAACUUUUCGGAUUUCAAACCUGGAAGAGGCGCCUAUGUCACCGACAACACUGUUUAUGCUUCUCUUUCUGGUUUCCGCCGCAUUAUUCAUCCUCCCUCUGACUCUUCGGAUUUGAGAUCAACUGUGGAAGUGACUGGUCAUAAGGCCCAUGGUGCUGUUCCAGCUCCUGGAUCUAUUGUCAUUGUUCGGGUCACAAAAGUAAUGACCAAAAUGGCAUCAGCUGAUAUCAUGUGUGUUGGUCCAAAGUCUGUGAAGGAGAAGUUUACUGGAAUUAUAAGGCAACAAGAUGUUCGAGCAACAGAGAUUGAUAAAGUAGAUAUGCAUUUGUCAUUUCGUCCUGGUGACAUUGUCAAAGCUCUUGUUCUUUCUCUUGGAGAUGCAAGAGCCUAUCAUCUGUCUACUGCAAAAAACGAACUCGGCGUAGUCUCUGCAGAAAGUACAGCAGGUGCAGAGAUGGUUCCCAUAAGUUGGACAGAAAUGCAGUGUCCAGUAACAGGCCAAAUUCAGCAAAGAAAAGUUGCCAAAGUUGGAGGAUGAUGACUGACUUAACUGGGACAAUGAUAUUCCUUUUUUCCCAUUUAAUUUAAUUUUGCUUUUCGUUUCCAAUGCUAGUUUCUCAUUUAUAAAAUCCGGUAUCGAGUUUAGAAAAUUGCACAUUCGAUUAUGGUAAUUGCAUAGUUUCUGAAGGGGGCCUUAAUUUUCAUAUAGUAUUGUUGAUUCAGGAUAGGUGGAAGAUUAUUAUUGUAACAUUAAUUUUGUAUGAUUGAAAUUAUCAGCAAGUUUACAUCUGUACUAUAUAUAGGAGUAUGUUUUUUGCAUUCUUAAUUAA